GUAUUUGAUUGAAGCCGUUCAUAGCGUUAUCAAUGCUUUGGACAGAUUGAGAGAUUCAGGAGAUGUCUCGACAGACUUCCAACCAGUGGUUUCCAAGUUAGACUACCUACAAAGAAUGGUAGUAGGUCUUGAUAUUGACGAUUCUGUGACUGAGAUGGUAGGAGCUGCCUUCAAAAUGUUGUCCGACAUAGAAAAGAAGAACCAAGUUCAAUGUGCUAGUUAUAAAGCUCCGUUAAAUAAGAAUGGGUGGCGUGGACGACCAUCGUAUGAAAUAAAUGAGGAAGAGAUUUCAUUUCUAUUGGAACAAAAUUUUCCAUUAAGUGAUAUAAGCAAUAUCCUUGGUGUGAGUGUCAGGACUGUCAAAAGGAGGAUGUCACACUUUGGACUUAGUGUGAAAGCUAUGUACAGUCAUAUAGAUGAUGGCCAGUUGGAUCAACUUGUUGUAGGUAUUCUAAAUGAACAUCCCGGUGUAGGAAUUAGAAUGGUGAAAAGCUAUCUGCAAAGCAAGGRUCACCGUAUUCAGCGUGAACGAAUAAGGUCCUCCUUAUUGCGUACAGAUCCCAUUGGCUUGGUUCAGAGGUGGCGAAAUACUGUGCACAGGCGUCAUUAUAGAGUGAAGUAUCCCUUAGCACUAUGGCACAUAGAUGGGAAUCACAAGCUGAUCAGGUGGAGAAUAGUUGUGCAUGGUGGGAUUGACGGAUACUCGAGAAUCCCAGUCUUUCUGAAGGCAUCAAACAACAACAAAGCAAGCACUGUUCUAUCACUUUUUCGUGAAGCUGUGUCUGAAUAUGGUCUCCCAUCUCGUGUUCGUGCUGAUAAGGGUGGUGAAAAUGUGGAUGUUUCAGCAUAUAUGCUAAGUCGACGAGGAACUGGCAGGGGAAGUAUGAUUACAGGGAAGAGUACUCACAAUCAGAGGAUUGAAAGGCUUUGGAGAGAUGUGUUUAGUGGUUGCCUUAGUCUUUUCUACAAUCUCUUUCAUUCUUUGGAAGGUCAGGGUAYAUUAAAUCCUGAUGAUGAAUCUCAUUUAUGGUGCCUGCAUUAUGUGUUCUUGCCUAUCAUUAAUAGGCACUUGAUUAAUUGGAAAAAUGCCUGGAUUCAUCAUCCACUAAGAACAGAGAAAAGCAAAUCUCCCAUGCAGCUAUGGAUUAGAGGACUACAUGAAGCAUGUGGUUUACAAGCUUUCGACAAUGAAAUUUUUCAGGAAGACCCUUGCAAUUAUGGCAUAGACUGGCAAGGACCAAUUCCUGAGCAACAUCCUGAUUCCGUUGARGUUCCUGAUACAAACUGCCCUUUCACYGAAGAUCAAAUUAAUGUAUUGCCAAACACAUACAACAUGAAUUAUCUUGCAGGAGUAGAUGCCUUUACCCAAAUCAAGAUCCUUCUGAUUGCUGACACUUAAACCUCAAAAUAUUGCAAUAGGAAAUGGUGAAAUAUUYCCAUAGUGAAUUAUAUAGACCUACUUGUAUUUUGAGUAACAUUGACCAUGGGAAAUCUUAGCUAGAAUCAUAUGUAUUACAUAUAAAAAAUUUUUUCU